ACCCGGAAGUGUUGGAUGUGUCAAGCGUGUUUUCAUGAAGUGUUUAUUUGUGUUUGUUUACAUCAGAAGAGUUUCAUCUGAGUUUGUGAGCUCGAUGUGAUGUGCAGUGAUGAACGGCAGCUCGAACCCGCCUCUGGAUAAAGAAGAGCAUGUGUUAAAACUCGGAGAGAGUUUCGAGAAGAGACCAAAAUCAUCUUUUCACACCAUCAGAUAUGAUUUUAAACCAGCAUCUAUCGAUACGUCCUGUGAAGGAGAAUUACAAGUAGGAAAAGGAGAUGAGGUCACAAUCACAUUACCACACAUACCAGGGUCCACUCCACCAAUGACAGUGUUUAAGGGUAAUAAAAGGCCGUAUCAGAAAGACUGUGUUCUGAUCAUAAAUCAUGACACUGGUGAGUUCAUGCUGGAGAAGCUCAGCAGCAGCAUACAAGUCAAGAAAACAAGAGCGGAGGGCAGCAGUAAGAUUCAGGCUCGGAUCGAGCAGCAGUCGGUGAGAGCUAACCAGCUGACAUCACAGUUCCGUGCCCCCAUCAAACCCGGAGCGAGCGCCAAGACCUCACCAAUUAAAGACAACCCGUCUCCCGAACCUCAACUGGACGACAUUAAGCGAGAGCUGCGUGCGGAGGUGGACAUGAUCGAGCAGAUGAGCAGCAGCAGCAGUAGCAGCUCUUCAGACUCUGGCAGUUGUUCUGGCAGUGGUGAUGAUAGCUCAUGCAGUGAUGCAGAACAGGAAACGCAUCAUCUCUCUCCCAGCAGGACAAGCAUUGCCAAUGGCACCAACCAAUCACAGGGCAGCAACCAGCUCAUGAACACACUGAGGAAUGAUCUUCAGCUGAGUGAAUCUGGCAGUGACAGUGACAUCGACUGAGAUCUUUGCUGUUCACCACACAUCACUCUUUCAUUUGAAAACAUACAUUGUGUUUCCAUUUGCAGUGGUUUUAUCUUUAGCUUUUAUGGUUUUAUGUAAACAGAUGUUCUACCAGCUUUUGAAGAAUGUUGAAUAUGUUAAAGAUGUAUAUUUAGUUUUUAUUGCAAAUUUAAAUAUUGGAACAGAUAAGGUUGUUUAAAUCAUCAUAUUUCCAAAAUACACAACAUACCUAAAGAUUAAAUAUGGGUGAUAUUGCACCGUAUGACUUUGGUUGUUGUACAGUUUUUGUAUGAAACUGAAACAUCAAAAUCGUUGUCCAAUAGAGUCACGUGGCUUGUUCAUGGCUUUUUGCUGGUGUUCAGUGUUACAUAUACCUAGUUACUGCAUGAUCUUUAUUCUAACUGGCAUAGCAUGUCAAGUAUGUUAACAGCUUUACAGUUUGAAUUGAUAUGAUUUGAUGAACUUCCAAUACAAAGGACUGAAAUGUAAUUUUGUUUUCUAACACAGCAAUCUAUGAUCCAGUGUCUCACAAUUUGUUCAUAACUUGAUAAUCUGUAGAACUCUAUAAGACUGGUUUUAACUAAAAAGAAAUUAUAUCAAUUCAGACUGUAAACAGUAUAAAUGCUGUAUAUAUUUAAUGUAAGAUUAAAGUCAAAACAAACAAGAGGAAUUGAAUGUGUUCAUUGUAGUGCUUCACUGGUCAGUGAACACAGUUUUUUCUUCUCUCUGAGCUUUUACUCGAGUUUCAGGUUAAAUUUUUGUUGGAUAUUCAUAUUUUUUUUAACUGUAAAAAAGUGCAAUGGCUGACUUACUACAUAAGAGAUUUACAGAUACAGCAUUCAACUACUUUUGGAAGAAAAAAAAAAAUCACUAAAAUUCACCAUAAUUACAUGUUCACAUUCCAUCUAAAGGUUGUAGGUUCCUAGUGUGCAUGGCUUACUACAGCUAAUAUUUUUCCAAAAUGUCUAAUUGUACGCAUACAGUAUUCAAUAAAUAAAAAUAAAACAAAUCACAAGAA